AUGAAGGCCUCUGUACGGCCCAUUGGCACCACCACCUUCCAGACCUACGUAAGAGCUCUGCUCUCCGAUACCGCAGCCCGCCCACCGGGGCGCUCGAUAUGCACCGACUGUCUGAACACUUUGCGACGGCAGAGAAAAGGGUUGAGAACCUCGUCUCGCCAGAUCCACGUGGCCAGCAAUGGGCGAACUUCCAGGCAUCUUCGAGAGGCCGUCCGCGCAGCGAGAUCGGUCGCGCGACUGCAUCAGCGACAGCUCGCCACCGUGACUGACGUAUCCGCUCGCGGACCCCUGGAGGAGUACGACGAGAGAGUGCAUACACGGCGUCUGAGGGAGGAUGAGCAUCAGAGAACCCUGGUAGAACACCUCCAAGAUCUCCACGAGACUCUGAAAGAGUACAACCCUCCCAAGAUCGUGCAUCCGGACAUCAAUGACCUGCAACCGCCCAAGAAAUCGCUCUUUGGCUCCCUGUUCGGCGGCAAAACCAAGAAGAAAGCCAUUGGCGAAAUACCACUGAAUCUGCCCAAAGGACUGUACAUGUAUGGCGAUGUUGGUUCGGGUAAAACCAUGCUGAUGGACCUCUUCUUCGACACGUUACCUCCGAACAUUACCUCCAAGACGCGCAUCCAUUUCCACAAUUUUAUGCAAGAUGUACACAAGCGGUUACACAAGGUCCGAAUGCAAUAUGGCAACGAUUUUGACGCCGUUCCGUUCAUCGCGGCAGAUAUCGCCGAGACUGCCCAGGUCCUCUGCUUCGACGAGUUUCAAGUGGUGGACGUGGCCGACGCCAUGAUCCUCCGGCGUUUGAUCGAAGCCCUCAUGUCACACGGCGUCGUCCUGGUCACGACCUCGAAUCGGCACCCAGACGAUCUCUACAAAAAUGGGAUUCAGCGCCAGUCCUUUAUCCCCUGCAUUAACCUCCUGAAGAAACAACUCAAGGUCAUCAAUCUUGAUUCCCAGACCGACUAUCGCAAACUCCCGAGACCUCCUUCAGGAGUAUACCACCAUCCGCUCGACCGGGCUGCCGUCUCUCAUGCAAAUAAAUGGUUCCGUUUCCUGGGCGACCCAGAAAACGAUCCACCACACCCCACGACCAUCACUGUCUGGGGUCGCGAAGUCCCAAUUCCGCUGGCCUCGGGUCGUUGCGCCAAGUUCACUUUCCACGAGCUGAUUGGUCGCGCGACGGGUGCCGCCGAUUACAUUGAGAUGAUGCGGAGUUUUGAUGCGUUUAUCGUCACCGACGUGCCCGGCAUGACCCAUAGAGAACGCGACUGGGCCAGGCGAUUUAUCACAUUUAUCGAUGCGGUGUAUGAAUCCCAUGCCAAGCUCGUUCUGACGACCGCCGUCCCCCUGUCCCAGCUUUUUGUGUCCAAGACCGAGCUUGACGAGUCCCUGAAUAAAGUCACCGACAAAGUUCAGAACGACACAACUGGUGCCUCCAAGGAAGAGCAUGCGGUUGUGCAAGAAGUCAAGAAGGCCACGGGACGAGAGGAGGAAGGGGCAGAUGUGGAUGACGUGAUGCGCAAUCUCAUGGACGAUCUGGGAAUGAACAUGAGCAUGCUGAAGCAGAGCUCCCUCUUCAGCGGCGACGAAGAAAGGUUUGCGUUUGCACGGGCGCUCAGUCGCCUGAGCGAAAUGGGAAGUCAGGAGUGGGUGGAACGCGGGCUUGGUCUUGAGAAGAGAGGGGGACUGGAAGAGAAAGAAGGAUGGCAACGAGUCCGGAGCAGGUGGAGAGAGGACAGCCUGUGA